GAGUUCGUUACUUCAGUUACUGUGUGAUGUAUUUGCUUUGUCCAUGAAAUCUAUUAGAGAUGAUAUUUGGUGUACAUUGACCAUAAGACGUAUUAUUAGCUGGAUCAACUCGAAAAAAUCUGCAUUUAACUUGCAUUUUCCUGCAUGUUUUUGAACUUUAUCGUUAAAGUUCUUAAAUCCGGUUACUUAACAUAUAAGCUCACAAAUAUAUUUUGCCAGUGGAUUGAUUCUAACAUCGUAUAACACAACCAAAUAUAAAUGUUUCCUAUUGUUAGUUCGUUAUUUUCACAUUAUUACAGAUUUUAUAAUCCUCCACCGCCGUUUUUUGUGUUUCGCGACAUUGCAACGUCAGGAGAUUAGUUUGUUUUCAAUACCUUUGGGUUUCGUUCCCAUUGGACCAAUAUGUAUGUUAUUUGAUUCGUUGCAAUAAAAUCACUGCAAUCUAGGCGAGUUCAAAAACGUCGUCUCUGUUGGUUGCUUCAAAUGCUUUUUUGAUUCGAUAUAAUGAGAACCGAGAGAUAUUUUUAAAUAUUCUCCAGAUUUCUAGGCAUCAGAAACAGGAGAGAUGACAUUCAGUUCAUAAAGUUGUAAAUGACAUCUCAAAUUGUGCAUCAUCGAGCCCUAAUACCAAAUCAUGGACUUAAUUUGGGAGUUUAUUUUCACGAGUCAUAUCUGUGGCAUAAUAACUAUUCUUAUUUGUUCUUCUUAAUAUUUCAGUGUUUCUAUUUUUGGUUCAUUAUUUACGUCUAGACUUCUUGUACUACUAAAUUGCCACCUAAAAUUAAAAUGCGUAUUUGGUGAUCACAGUUUAUUUUCAAAUAAUUGCAAAUAACAAAUAAAACCAAUUAAAUAAUUAAGCUAAGUAUUUUAAUUCCAGUCUUUCCAAAGCUUUGCUUUUAAAAUAUUGGAAAGAAUAAGUGGACAGAUGCUGAAGAAUUUUUCAAAUUGUCCAUAUUUCUGUUUUAUUAUAUACUGUGAUUCAGUGCAAAUGUCUUGAAAUGUAAUAAAUGUGAUUAUAUUGUUCACAUGUAUGUUUGGCUUAUCACGCUAUAGGGAUAUGUAAUCGGAUUUGAGACAAGAGCUUGUGCUCCCCGAACCGAAUCGGGUUAAAAUUUGAGCGCUUUAAUCACUAAUUAAUAUACCCACUAAACCUGUUGGGUGCGCAGAAUUUCAAUAAGCUGCAUCGCAUAAAUGAUUGCUAUCAUUAAUAUGCAUUUAUGUACUCUCCAAGUCACUUGGAAAUUGAUUCAGUGAAAUUGACAUUGGGAAUAUAUUUGGAAACAGUAAUGAAUAGUUUCAGAUGAAGUCUACUCAGAAGUGUUGUCAUAGCCUUACUUUUCUUCGGAAUAUUUCUUUUCUUGAUUGACCAAUAAAUAUUUAGCUUACAUAUAACCAUUGCUUUUUGAGUCUUCAUAAUCUCACUCACGGAUUAUCUUUAAGGUUCUUAGAUGUCAAUUGGUGAUGAAGAUGCUGAUAAUCUCCUACCAGAAAGAAAAUAUUCCAUAACUCGUGAAAUUUAUAAUAUGGACAAAUUUCUACAACACUAUCCCAAAUCGUCAGAAGUACACAAAACAUUUUCACCGUAUAAAGUUUUAAAAAGUUGCACCUGUUCAAAAUUCGCUGGCGUUCUGUCCUUUAUUUUUCCAUUUUAUUCUGUUUUGGCUCCUUUUUAUAACCUACAAUCAUUUGUAUCAGAUCUGAUUGCUGGCUUAACACUUGCAAUAGUCCAUAUACCUCAAGGAAUGGCAUAUGGUGUUUUGGCCGGAGUGAAACCAAUCAAUGGAUUGUACACCUCAUUUUUCCCUGCUCUGGUUUACUUCGUUUUUGGGACUUCACGCCAUGUCUCCAUAGGUACAUUUUCUGUCGUUUCACUUUUAACGGCUGAUCCUGUUGAUAGAUUAACAUCAUUAUUUGAUGUAAACAAUCGUUCUUUAGAAAAAUAUAAUGUUUAUAAUGGAAAACAAAUAGAUGAUUUCCGUUUAACUGUUGUUAUAACAGUUUGUAUAUUGACUGGAUUAUUUCAAGUCGCUUUGGGUGUUCUUCGUCUUGGUGUAUUAGUAGUUUAUAUAUCGGAACCACUAUUAAGUGGCUUCACUUGUGCAUCCGCUGUUCAUGUGUUCACUAGUCAAUUAAAUGGAUUAUUUGGUAUUCGGUUAAAUCGUGCUACAGGACCUUUUCGUAUUUUUUAUAUAAUUAAUAAUUUUAUUAAUAUUAUCAAAGAAACUAAUCUUGUUACAUUAUUAAUAUCAAUCAUAUGUAUUAUAAUUAUAUGGUGUUUUAAACAUUUGAUCAAUCCAAAAGUUUCAUCUAAACUACAUUUUACUAUUCCAAUUGAAUUAAUUGUGCUUACUGCUGGUACUAUUAUUUCAAAAUUUGGUCUAUUAAAUCAACGUUAUGGUGUAUCGAUUGUCGGUGAAAUUCCUGUAGGUUUACCAUCACCCAUGUUACCGGAUAUUCGAUUAGUACCAGAAGUUUUAAUGGAAUCAGUGAUUGUAUCAUUUGUUUCAUUAGCUACAACAAUUUCUUUAGUUAAAUUAUAUGCAAAGAAAGGUGGUUAUAAUGUUGGUUAUACUCAAGAACUGAAUGCACUAGGCUUGUCCAAUGUAAUAUCUGGAUUUUUUCGUUGUCAACCCUCAUCUGGUGCUUUGGCUCGGACUUCAGUUGCUUGUAAUGUUGGAAUGUGUUCUCAAGUCGCUUCUUUGGUUUCUUGUUGUAUUCUUCUACUUGUUAUUACUGUGAUUGGACAAUUUCUACGAACGGUUCCAAAGUGUGUCUUAUCAUCGAUUAUUGUUGUAUCGCUUGAAAGUAUCUUCUUACAAAUUAUGGAUUUACGUGCAUUAUAUCGUGCUUCAAUAUAUGAUAUGCUUAUAUGGCUUGUAACAUUCAUGGCCACCGUGUUUAUUGAUGUCCCGAUAGGUUUACUAACUGGUUUGUGUUUCUCCUUAUUAACGGUAUUAUAUCGUACACAAUCAACAUAUUAUUAUGAACUUGGUCAAAUUCCCAACACAAAUAUUUAUGUUGAUGUGAAGAGACAUGAUGAAGCUGUAAAACUUCCCAAUAUUAUUAUAUUAAAAUAUGGUGGUCCAUUAUACUAUGCAAAUUCGGAGUCUUUUCAAAAUUGGAUUCAUCAAAUGACCAAUAUUGAUCCACAUAAAGUGAUUAAACAACGUCAACGUAAUAAACAACAAUUGGAACGUAAACAACAACAACUUAAUAAAAAGAAUCCUAAUCAGUAUCAAUAUGGUAGACAAAAUCAAUUACCCUUUAUUAAGAAUUUAAUAAGACGAGUCCAAUUUCGUAAAAAGAAAGAUUGUGAUAAAUGUCCACAUCCUUUAGAACUUUCAACUGAUACUAACUGUAAUAAAAAUGAUAAUGAUCUUACUAGUCAAUUGAAAUUUAUUAUCUUAGACAUAUCAUCAUGGAUUUAUUUGGAUGUUGUCGGUAUGCGAACUGUUACUGAUAUAAUUAAAAGUUAUGCUGAAUUAGAUAUUCGUAUAUUAUUCACUAUAUGUGAUCCACAAAUCUAUACAGUAUUAAUAAAUGACAAUUUAACAUUAUCACAAAUUCAACAUAAUUCAUUUAUUAGUAUACAUGAUGCUGUAAUCUAUUGUCAAAGUAUACUUUCUACUACUAUUACUAAUAAUAAUAGUUCAAAGGAUCUGACAGAAGAAAAAACUAUCAAUUUAUCCAUUACAAAUAUCCCAGUGAAUUAUUGUAAUUCAACAAUUACAGUAGAAGAUAUUAUUACUGAUAAGUUAUCAUUACCAACUGAAUUAUAAAAGAAAGAUUAUUCUGUUCCAAAUUAAUUUUCAUUAGAAAUCAAUCGAUACUCAUGAUGUGUAGCUUCUUCAAUCUUAACAGUUUCUUCUUGUCAUUAUCAUCAUCAUCAUCAUAAAUCAUCCACAAAUCAACAAGGUAGAUCAACUGAAAUAGAUUCUUUUUUUUAUUCUAUUCUUUUCCAUUUUUUUUCUCUUUUUCUUUGUUGUCGUUGUGUUUUCUUUCUUUUUUGUUUUGUUUUUAUUUAUUCGAAUGGAAAAUGAGAAAGAGAUUUUCUUAAUAUUUUUUGUGUUUCCCUUUUAGUUAUGCAUUUUAUCACUUCUAUUCGUUGAUGGUUAAUGUAUGUUUUUUGUAGUGUUUAUUUAUUAUAUUCUACAUUGAAACACUACUAAUAACAUGUUUUCAGUAGUAUGUUUUUAUAUUCAUACAAUUUUGUAUAAGUAUUUAUUAUUUAUGUUUUAUAAUUUGGUUAAAAUAUGAUAGACUAUUCUAAUGCAUAUAAUCAACUUAACUAGAUAGAUUGAUUUGUUUAGAACGGUUUUUUUUAAUGAUUGUAAUCCAGCUACUUAUAAUUUAUUAGUAGUUAAAAAUAGACAAACUAUUCUUAAACUGGAUUAUACUUGUUGUGAUCUUAUUUAGCUUAUUGAUUCUUUUGUUUUUAGGCAGAUAGAUGGAUAGAGAUAAGCAACGUAAAACAUUAUACAUAUAUUUAAGUCCUUUUAAUUUGCCUCAUUAUAUCAUCUCAUGGAUUUAGAUUAUCAAGAUUAAUUAUUGAGUUGUAGAAAUAGUAUCAGUGGUGGUCCCAAAACAGAAGGUCACAUGGUUAUGGAACGUUGUGUUAGCUUAUCAUCGCAGAAAACGCAAAAUGAGUAAUGGACAAUGAUGCUUUUCACCUGUCCAAAUCUUGUCGGGUAAUUACUGUAGUGAAGGAAAGGAGUCUCAUUAUUAUUUUUCUGGUCCCAGUAGCCAGAAUAUCCUGUAUAUUAAACAACACGCCGAUCAACUCUCGUAAAAGUAAAUCAAUACUCAACAAUUUUAUUGAUGUAACACAGCUUUACAAAAAGGUUGUUGAAGAUUGUAAUGACUUCAAACUUUACAACAGUAACAACAAAUAAGGAACUUAUUCCUUGAAUCUCAGUUCAGAUAUAUAUUAAAGAAAAAUCUUUACAUUGGUAUUUUUAAACAAAUACUGACCUUAAUCUAAUAUUAUAUUCCUCUUGGUUUGAUUUCGUUUAUUCAGUAAUAGUAAUAAUGAGAUUCGAGAGUAUGACAAUUUUAAAGGUUUAGGAAUUCUGUAUAUGUUAAAUUCUGCUGCAGACCUCGAUAGUCACUUAUUAUGAACGAUAUACGCGGACUUUAUAACUUAUGUGCAACUUAGUAACAGCAAUCUCCAUCAUUAUAAGCAAAGAUGAAUAGUGGCUAG